UUACAUGCCUAAUCCCUCGGGGUGCUGUUAACAUCAGCUGUGUGCCAUGCUCCAGCACACGUGAUACGAGGUGCCAGCCUUGGCUCUUGCACCAGCCCUGCAUCAACCAACAGGAGGACUGGUAUCAGAGAAGGCUUCAGAGACAUAUCGCCUAAAUUGGGCCUGGAUGGAAAACAAGGAUUUUAACAGGCAGAGAUGUUUGGGAAAGACCAGUAGGACGCCAUCACGAAGAACAGCACUCACAAAGCAAAGGAGAGGUUAAAAAUUAAAAACUCAGAGAAGAUUCCAGGUGGAAAAGAAUCCUGGACAAAAAGGCUAUUCUACUCAACAACAUGGAACUGGUUCACUGUCUUCUCUUACUUUUGUGUGUUGGCUUAUGUUUUUGUAAGCUCUGGGAAGGCACACUAUAUGGAGAAGUCAAUGUGAAGGCAAGUGAUCAGUGGAGAAACCUAAAGACAACUAAGUCGGUUUAACUGGAAGAGCUGCAGUGGCAUGUGUAGUGAGGACAGGACACAGAAAGAAGAGAGUUUCUCACUAGCUCCAGAGGUUCUUCUAGAUGAAAAAUGCUUACAAGAAAACUACACACGUCAGUCUUGUGAAAAAGUCUUCUGCCACCCAUGGGAAAAAUGUAUUGAAGGAAGUUGUCUUUGCAAACUUCCUUACCAGUGUCCAAAGGCUGUUAUGCCUGUGUGUUCAAAUACUGGAAAAACCUAUAAUAAUUACUGUCAACUAAAGAGUCAUGAAUGCCUUCAUCCAAAAACAAAGUUUUUACUUAAUGGAACUUGCCAUAGUCAAGGCCAAUUUGAUCUUUCUUUGAAAUAUGGAGAAACAGAGUCAGAGGGACUUGUUGAAGUAAAACUUGGGAAUACUACAGCAUUCAUAUGUAAAAAAAAUUGGAGCAUAACUGAAGCAAAUGUGGCCUGUUUAUAUCGUGGAUUUAAAGAAGGGGCUGUCGAUUAUAGGAAAACAUUCAAUGUCCCUGAUGAUGUUGAUGUCGAGAUCACUGACUGUUUGCAAGCAAAUUGUAGAGGAUUGGAGACCACUUUGGCAGAAUGUGUUUUAACCAAAAGGAAGGCUAAUAGCAAGGAUUUGGCUGGUGUGGUGUGUCAUACACAGGAAGCAGACUUCAAUGACAAUUCAUUUCAGUGUGUCAAUGGGAAGCACAUUCCAGUGGAGAAAACUUGUGAUGGCACCAAUGAUUGUGGAGACCAAAGUGAUGAGCUGUGUUGUAAAGGGUGCAGAAGUGGAGGUUUCUUUUGUAAAUCAGGUGUUUGUAUUCCAAAAACAUAUGAGUGUAAUGGUGAACUGGACUGCCUUAGAGGAGAUGAUGAAGCAAAUUGUGAAGGUUUGGGACACUCUGAAGUUCAAGAACAAGCUGAAAUAUUGACUGCUAAUAUGGAUGAAGACAGAAAAUUAUUCAAGUCUCUUUUACCCAAAAUAAGCUGUGGUGUUCGAAACAACAGCCACACUCACAUUCGAAGGAAACGAAUCGUAGGAGGACAGAUUGCAACUGAGGGGGAAUUCCCAUGGCAGGUGACAAUUAAAGAAGGGAGUAAAAUCCACUGUGGAGGAAUUUAUAUUGGUGGCUGCUGGAUCCUGACGGCUGCACAUUGUGUCAGAAAAAAUGUAGUACAUCGGUAUCAGAUAUGGACAGGAUUACUAGACUGGAUAAAACUUAACCAUGGAGUUGGAGUCCACAGGGUAAAACGAGUGAUAAUCCAUGAAAACUACAGUGGAACCACCUAUCAAAACGACAUUGCUUUGAUAGAAAUGCAAAAACACCAAACCAAGGCCACGUGUGAGCUGAUAAAUACUGUCCCUGCAUGUGUCCCCUGGUCCAACUAUCUCUUCAGCUCUGGUGAUAAGUGCUUUGUUUCUGGCAUAGGACGAAAUGAAGAGGCAAAAAAUAUUUUUAAGCUCAAAUGGGGUGAAGUCCAGCUGAUAGGCAACUGUUCUAAAUAUUACUCAGAUCGCUUUUUUGAGAAGGAAAUGAUAUGUGCAGGAACAGAUGAUGGUUCUACAGAUGCCUGUAAAGGAGAUUCUGGAGGGCCUUUGGUCUGUAUGAAUUCCAACAAUGUGUCUUAUGUUUGGGGCAUUGUGAGCUGGGGCGACAAUUGUGGAAAACCUGAAUUCCCUGGUGUUUACACCAAAGUGUCCAACUAUUUCGACUGGAUUAGUUAUCAUGUGGGAAGGUCUUUUAUUUCUCAGUACAAUGUAUGACGGUAUGACUUCCUUGUCUUUUCUAUUAUAGUCAGAAUUCCCACUUUAACCUAAAUAAGACAAUAUGUAAUUACUAACUUUUAAAGAUUAAAAAAAAACACUUUCAAAAACCACAAAAAAUUUUCAAAACUAUGUUUUGUAGUUAUUUUUUCUGUUCUUUAUGAGAUUUGUGCCUGAGUAAAUGCUGUACUUAAAUUCACUGAAACGUUCUCAAAAUAAACACUUUUGACAAGCAAG